AUGCAGUCAGAGUUCUUCGGAGCUCCGGAUGUUGUGGGUCUGUCCUGGUUGGUGUGUCUCUACAGCGCUGCGUGGAGCUCCUACGUCGGCCGCUGGGGAACCCCCCUGUUCUCCGUCCACGACAACCUGAGUCCUGUGGUGACUACAGAGCAGAACUUUGACAGCUUGCUGAUCCCGCCCGGCCACCCCAGCAGGAAACGAGGAGAUAACUACUACCUGAACAGAACGACAAUGCUUCGCGCUCACACGUCCGCCCACCAGAGGGAGCUGGUGAGGUCGGGGCUGGACGCGUUCCUGCUGGCCGGAGACGUUUACAGACGGGACGAGAUCGACGCCAGUCACUACCCCGUCUUCCACCAGAUGGAGGGAGUGCGACUCUUCUCCAACCACGAGCUGUUCUCUCGGGUGCAGAACGGUGGCGAGCUGUCUCUGUUCGAGCGAAGGGGCCGGCGGACGCCCGAGAAGCAGGAAACGCACACUCUGGAGGCCGUGAAGCUGGUGGAGUUCGACCUGAAACGCACUCUGACCCAGCUCGUCUCUCACCUGUUCGGAGCAGAUCUGGAGAUCAGGUGGGUCGACUGCUACUUCCCCUUCACCCACCCCUCCUUUGAGAUGGAGGUGCGUUUCCAGGGCGACUGGAUGGAGGUGCUGGGCUGUGGCGUGAUGGAGCAGGAGCUGCUGAACUCUGCAGGGGCGGAGGACAAGCUGGGCUGGGCGUUCGGACUGGGCCUGGAGCGGCUGGCCAUGGUCCUCUACGGCAUCCCGGACAUCCGGCUGUUCUGGAGUCGGGACGAACGCUUCCUCAAACAGUUCAGAGUGCAGGACGUCCACCAAGCCAUCUGCUUCCAGCCCCUCAGUAAGUACCCCCCACUCCACAACGACAUCUCCUUCUGGCUGCCGGACAGCAGAGAGGGCUUCACCGAGAACGACUUCUACGAGCUGGUGCGCUCCAUCGGAGGAGACCUGGUGGAGAAAGUGUCUCUGCUGGACGAUUUCACUCACCCAAAGUAA